GCUUGGCUGCCGCAGCAAUUUGCAGCCACACGCACGAUAUACGUUGUCCAACCCGUAAGAGGUGCGGCAUUUUAUCCGUACUUGCCGCCGCGGGCAUCUUUUUGACGCGUGCGAUAGCACCUGUACAGCAUGGCCCGCCCUCACGCAGUCAUAGCAGUGAUCGCACUGGUGGCAGUGGCUGCAAAACGACGACGCGAGCGCAAAGUACGUACCGACGUCCCAUCGCUGGUCUGGCACGCGCCCUUUUUUUCGGGAGGCGGCUACUGCAGCGAGGCGACGGCGUUCGUCGUCGCGCUCGACGAUAUGAAAUUAGACGUCGCGAUCGAGAUGCACGGCGAUAGUCAUAACAACAACUACAUGAACGGGCUAAACCCAACGACGUUGGGACGGCUCUACACGCUGGCGGGGCGGGCCGCGAAGGGCGGCCACCAGGACGUGGCGGUUUGCCAUUCCGAACCCGGCGCCUGGCACGUCCCAGAACCGUCGUGGCCGUCGUCGCCCUGCCCGCGGCCCCGCACACGAAAUGGGGGACCCUACUACGUCGUCGGGCGCACGAUGUUCGAGACGGAUCGCCUGCCGGACGGCUGGGCGGACCGGCUGAAUAGGGUCGACGAGGUCUGGGUGCCCACGCACUUCCACCGGGCCAUCUUUGAGGAAGCUGGUGUAAUGAAUGUCCAAGUCGUGGGCGAGCCCGUCGAUGUUGAUCGGUUCACGCCCGAGGGACCUACGUACGACAUCGCCUCGGACGAAUUUUUGGUGCUGAGCGUCUUCAAGUGGGAGCGGCGCAAGGGCUGGGACAUCCUGCUGAGGGCGUGGCACAAGGCUCAAAUCGACGGUAUUCUAGUUAUCGUCACGAACGCCUACCACUCUACGUCCGACUUUGCCCGGCAGAUGGAAACCUACGUGACGGAUUCAUUGGGAGACGACCGGGGCCUCGCUGCUUUAGGGAAGGUGAAGAUCCUUUCCGGCUUAUCGGACGCGGACCUGGAGGCGCUCUACCGGCGCGCCGACCUCGUCGCGCUGCCGACGCGGGGCGAGGGCUGGGGCCGGCCGCACGUCGAGGCCAUGGCCUCGGGCACGCCUAUUGUUGCCACGAACUGGUCCGGCCCGACGGCGUAUCUAGAUGAGUCGGUGGGCUUCCCCCUUGCUUUUACCGGUCUUGAGCCCGUCGGCGAGGGCCCGUUCGCCUCCCACGAAUGGGCCGCGCCGGACGCGGCCCACUUGGCGGCGAUUUUCGCCGAGGCCGUCGCCGACCCCGCGCGGUUGAAGGAGCUCGGUUUGAACGCGCGGCGGCGCAUGGUCGAGCGCUACGCGCCGGAAGUGCUCGCGGCGGAGGUGCAGAGUCAUCUGAAGCGGAUCCGCGGGGCCGUCGAGGCGCGGCGGGCGGAGGGGGUUGAACUGUAG